AUGGAGGACGCUCGGUGCGCUACGUGCGAGGCCCUGGGGCGCCGCAGCCUCUCUUCGAAGCUUCUUCAGGUUGCGACCGCGCAGGCGCACAUGAGGACAUGCUCACACGCUUCCCCACCUGAACAGGUGCACGACUCCGACCUUGCGUCCCGGGCUCUAGCUGCCAAACGACGCAAGUCCAUAGCUGGCUUCAAGCUGAACUUAACGAUAGACUCUCAUCCGACGUCGAAAUCGACUACUACCGAGCAGCCGCGAUUGCCUUUUGCUCGAAGAAACACAUGGUGCUCGUAA